ACAACAAAGAUGGACGCGUGUUCUGCCGUCGAGAGGGAAAUUGAUAAAGUUUUGUCGAAAUUCACCUCCUACAGUGACCAUGCGUCGAGUACUAUUAGUCAUCUGCGGACAAAUAUUGAGAGUCUGAGGAUUGAGAUUGAUCAAGCUCAUAAUGGUGAUAUCACAGAAGCCCAAGCAGUUAUUCUGAGCCAGGCCCUUGGUCGUGUAAAAGAAGCAGUUACACGACUCAGCACAGAACACAGAGAUCUGCAUUCUUCUGUAUCAAAAGUUGGCAAAGCCAUUGACAAGAAUUUCACUGCUGACUUUGGAUGUAUAAGCAAUGAUUCAGUGUUCAGCGGAGAAAAACAACAAUUAGUUAAUGAAGUCAUUUGUCAACAUUUCUUCCGAGAAGGACUUUUAGAUAUUGCAGAAGAACAUAUAAGAGAAACAGGUUUGGAGCUACAGGAAGAGUCACGUGAACCAUUUUUUGAGCUUAAUCGUAUUCUGGCAGCUCUUAAAAGUAGAGACCUUGAACCAGCAUUGCAGUGGGCUGAAGAAAACAGGGAGAAAUUGAGGGCCCAGAAUAGCAGUCUGGAAUUCAAGUUACAUCGGUUGGCUUACAUAAAUUUAGUUAGUGAAGGGCCGCACAGUGUUCCUCAAGCAAUUGAGUAUGCCAGAGUUCAUUUCACACCAUUUGUAUAUCAGCAUGAAAAGGUGAUCCAGAGCCUUAUGGGAUGUCUGCUGUAUGUCAAAGGGGGCUUGAUAAACUCUCCGUAUGCAGAUCUCCUAAGUGCACAACAGUGGUCAGAAAUCUGUGAUGUGUUCACAAGAGAUGCCUGUUCCUUACUUGGUCUCUCGGUAGAUAGCUCUUUGGCUGUGUGUGUAAAUGCAGGGUGUACAGCUCUGCCAGUUCUGCUUAAUAUCAAGCAGGUCAUGCAGCAGAGACAAGUACACAACAUGUGGAAUAGCAAAGAGGAACUCCCAAUUGAGAUUGAUCUUGGCCCAUCAUCUCGUUAUCAUUCAAUAUUUGCAUGCCCUAUUCUACGUCAGCAAUCAACAGAAACUAAUCCUCCCAUGAGAUUGAUAUGUGGUCAUGUGAUCUCACGGGAUGCCCUGAAUAAGCUUACAACCAGUUCAAAGUUGAAGUGCCCCUACUGUCCUGUUGAACAAAAUCCAGCAGAUGCUAUUCAGAUUUUUUUUUAAGAUAGCUUUAUCCCUAACUUAAGAAAGAAAAAAUAUAUAUAUGAGGAUACAUGCAUACAUAAAUUCAUGUAUGGAUACAUGGUCAUUUCAGCAUAAACAUACAUAAAUACAUAAACACUUGUAUACAAACGUAUAUACAUACAUAAAGUAUAUAAAUACGUAGUAAUUAUCAUGUAAAGUAAUUAGUAUAUAUCUUAAAGGCACGUUUGUUCACAGUACUAUUUGGAUUUUUUUCUUAUUCAGGAUGUAUACCAUAAAGUUCCAUGCCUUUGCUUUACUUAAAAAUGGUAUUUUCUAAGUUGUAAAGAGAUAGGCAAAUGGUUUAGAAUAUAUAUACAUAAAUCUGAAUUUGCCUUGCAUAUUUCUGUACAUAUGUUACACAGGGAGAAAGCUGGAACAGAGAGAGAAAGAGAGAGAGUGUGUGUGUGAUUGAUUGAGUGAGUGAAGCUACAGAGAAACUAGAGGGAUUUUUUCCUUGUAUUCCCAGUGUUAUGCGCAUGUCACUGUAAAGCUCAUGGCACUGGGACCAAACUCUUCUUAGCUGUCACUGCUUAGCAUAUGACACAAAUAUAAAGUUCAAAGAAUAGAGACAGGCUUAUAUAUCCCAUCUGGAAAGAGAUGGUACUUUGUGCUUUUGUACUGUUAUACAUAAAGUAGAUAGAGAAGAUGGUCUAGCUAUUUUGAUGAAUUAAUAUAUAUGUCCUGUUCAUUCACCACUUUCUUGUGCAAAGACAUGAAGUGAAGGCUUCUGUUUCUUCCCAAAAUGUGGGUCUGAAAGACUCAGAGUUCUUCUGUCUUCUUGAGGCCUGCAAUUUUAUAUGUCUCUCAAGUUCCUGGAUGUUUCACCUGUGUGUCAAUACAACAUAGUCCAGAUGCAAAGGCUUUCUAUUGAUGCUUUUAAAAGGAAAAAAGUGCACUAUGAAAGACUGAAGCACAGUGUACAGACAGAUGUGCCUUUAGGUGGAUGUGCUACCAUUACAAAUAUGUUGGAUUCUGGUUCACCUAUUAUUUUAUUUAUAUCCCUUCUCCCCAUGACAUUCCUAGAUGCAAAAGGGAAAUUAUGAUUCAUUUCCUUCCCAAGUGUUUAAAUCCUCCCGAUUGAAAAGCUUAGAUCUGAGAUACCAUUUUUUUUUUUAUAUUAUUGUGAUAAAGUUAUGGGAUGUGGUUAUUAUUAUUAUUAUCAUUAUUGUUAUCUUAUUUUUUAUUAUUAUAAUUAUACUGGGUUUAAACUAUAUUGAUGAUUUCAUUAUUAUAGUAAGAAAAGAUUAAUAAUGAUAAUAAUAGUAGUAUCACUUGAUACUUGAUAGUGAUUGCAAUAGUAAUGUAAUAUAUAUAUUUUUUUCAUUGCACAUUUCUUCAUUAUGCAGUCAUUAUUUCCUCAAAAACUAUUUGCUAAAUUAUAAUAAAUGAUAAUGAAAUAUUACUGUUUUAUUUCUUGUAAGAAUUUAUAGGUAACAGUAUUAUGUAGCAAUGGUUGGCUAGUCGGCCGUGAGACUACCAUUAGAAAGUUGCAUUUGUGAGGAAAUGUAAACCCAGGGCUUAUGAUUUUAAAUAUAUUUAUGUAUAUUAUUGCAGGUUUAGAAUUACAAGAUUAGAGGUAUAGAUUGGGUCUAACACUGUCAUGAGCCAAAUCACACUUUGUUAAGUUCAUCCCACAACAGUAUGAUCAACUUUGAUCUUUUUUGUCUGCAGUAAGUAGUCACACAUGUAGAAAUAUUAGUGAUCUAAUGAAAGCAAAAUGCAAAUUGUGUAAGAUUCAUGUAUUCUUUCAUAUUUAUUCAGAAAUUCCUCAUUCAGAGUACUUGACUGUAGGGAAAUAGUCCUUUAGAUGUAUCUUGCAUUUAUUUAACCUUUUUGUUUAGACUUACCCGAGAUUUAUUUCACAAAUGGCGAUGGGUUUCUGUCUUCUGUGUAUUGUGAGACCAGUCCAAAUGUUCACUGGAAUGUUGAGUAGUGUAGUAUCAGGUAAAAGAUAUAUUUUCUCGUUCACACAUUUCAGUAAGAUAUUACAGGGAUAGGAAUUCUGUUUAUACUCACAUGUUUAAAGAAAAAAGCUCAUGUUAUUUAGAAAUUAGCUACUAGGUAAAAUGUAGCAGUUAUACAAUUUAUUUAUAGCAGGUGUGAAGUCUAGGAACAAAAGUUUUUUGAGAUAAAAUUUCUUAAUGCAAGAUAGUAAUGUAAAGGUUGUAAGUGAGAAGGUGCACAUUUAACUCAUUGUUUGCACGAAUAUUAUUUAUUCUGUAUUGUAUAUAUUUUCAUUGAAUAUUAUCGUACUUUUUGGGUGUGCAGCUAUGUUGAUAUAUAGAUAUGGAAGUCAUGUAUGUCCAAAUUAUAAGCUGCAGAGGAAAAUGAUGUUAUAUUUAGAUUUAGUUAUAUGUUCUUAAAAUACUGUACACAUGCUUUUAAA